AUGGAAGAAAUGAAGCCAGAAUCCAUCGUAGCAGUUGAAGGAGAUGCAAAUCAGUGUGGUAUAUCUAAGCUGCCUCAGGAUUUGAAGGAAUUGAUAUUUUCUAAGCUCCCAUUGGAAUCAAUCUGUAGCUCUCGCAUAAUCUGUAAAGAAUGGAAUUCUAUUUUGUCUUCAGACAAUUUUUUAUCUUCACUGCCAAUUCAAUAUCCAUGGCUUCUCAUCUGCAAUGAGGAAAAGGAUAAAAAUUGGCGUUGUAUGACAUAUUGCUUUUCUACACAAAAAUGGAGGAAUUUGUCUCUUUCUUUUCUUCCAAAACCUAAGGGAGGCAACACCAGAUUUUUACGAAGAGUAGGGUUGGGGUUACUGCAAUUUCAAGAAAUGUCGAUUUCGCAAUUAUUUGUUUGCAAUCCUGUUAUGAGAUCUUAUGCAAAGAUAGAAAUAGAUGCCACCCGCAAGUUUAUGCAUAUUGUGCAGCGAGGAAAAAAAGAACCCUAUUUAGUAGUCUGCUCAAAUUUUGAAAAUUUUUCCUUCCAGAUAUACCACUAUUUUCAAGAUUCAUGGAAUAUAAAGUUUCAAUUUGUAGGGGAAACGCAGUAUUCACAUAUUUACUGUAAUGAAAUGGUUGUGUGCAAUGACACUAUUUUUUGGAGGGAACCAUGGGAACAUAGGGUUAUCGUAGGUUUCAAAAUCCAAGAUGAGGGUUUCAUUAGCCCUGUUACAGUAGCUCCAUUACCAUCUGAAAUGGUUGAAGAUCAAGAUCUUUUGCUUUUAUCUAUGGUUUCAUAUGGUUCGUCUGUUCUUUUCGUAUUCGUCAUGCUCAACCAUCGGAGGCUUGACAUGCUCAACCAUCGGAGGCUUGACAUAAUUCAUCCAUCCAGUGUACACAAGAUUUGCGAACUUGGCCGGACUAAGGACGGAAUUGUUAUCUGGGAGUUGUUUCAGGACGAGCAGAAUGAGUUGGUUUGGAAGUGGAAAGAAUUUUUAAGAAUGCCUCGACUGUCGCUCCAUGAAUAUCUUGAUAAAGAUUGGUGGUCUGGAGAGUGUGUUUGUGUGGGAGAUUACCUAUGCUUCAGCUCUCUAUAUGGUGGUGAAAGUGUAAAGGUGUUUGCAUAUAAUCUAAAGGAAGGGUUUUGGCAACGCCUUCCACCCUGUAAAAUGGAAAACAGAAACUGGAGGAUGGCGUCGUUUGAACCAAAACCCUAUCUUUAUCAGUUCUUAAGAAAAUCGAGGGAACGAGCUUGGAUGACAUGA